UUAUUUGUGUUCUUGCCUUCUUUUUUUAACCAAAAGAAAAAAAAUUCUAUAUAAUUUUCACACGCCUGAUCUCUCUUCCAUGGAAAUCUUGAGAAUUUCUAUUCUAAGGGUUUGUUUGGUUCAAGUGCAUGAAUUGCAAUGCUUGGUGAAGGAGGCCUGAAUUGGGUCAUCAUCCAAUGAGAUACAAGUUAAAGUUUCUACCUUUGAUGAUGGUGCUGUUUUUCUAUCAUUCUCAUACAGGUAUAUUCAUAUUAUGGGAGAAAAAAAAUGGAUAUUGGGGACAAAGUUAAGCUUAAAGUUUUCUUCUUGAUGAUGGGUAAUUACUAACUUGCUUGUAUUUCUUAGGCCUUGAUAUUUGAUGGGGGUAUGAUUUUGCAUUUUGUUACAAGGUUCAAUGAAAGUGUAUGUGGAUAAAAUUUAUGGAUGUACUACAAUAAGAAAUGAAGGACUGUAGAUAAUUGGCUUGAUUUAACUACCAACUGACAAUAUGAUGUUUAAGAUCUGAUGGAAAUUCAUCAAUGCUAAAGGGUUUAUCCCAGAAGAUUGAGGUUAUCUACUAGAACAAGAAUCAGUCCUAGUGGUAGUCCAUGUGAAUUUUUUCGUUCCUUCUAAUUAUCGACCAUCUCAACCCGUAAACUUAGGUUUUUCUUUUUUACUCAUGCAAUCUACAAAGUUUCGUUUUCUGAUAUUUUAUGGGCGAUGAUUAUGGUUUUAAUGGGUGCUUGACAAAAUAAGAGAGAUGAACCUUUUAUAUUGUAAGGGAUGGUUAUGGUUUUAAUGGGUGCUUGACAAAAUAAGAGAGAUGAACCUUUUAUAUUGUAAUUAUCAUAAUAAAUGUAGACAUGUUAGGAUUAACCUAAUAAUAAUGCAUGUUGAGUUGAGAUAUAUUGAGCUAAAGUAAAGUUACAAUUUUACAAAGAUGUUUUAUGUCCUAUGUAACAACAUUGCUAAGUUGAGGUAUAUGGUCCAUUUUUAGCUCUAAGCCCUAGGUAAAUGCCCUUUGGUCAGGAACGACUCUGAAUAUAGGUCCUUAAGUAUUUGUUGUGCUUUAGUCAUAAACAUGUUUGUAAAUGUGAACAUAUUAGAGAUACAUUUGGAUUUUUGUGAUUUAUAGGGUAACCUAGUAAAUUGAACUAUGUUACCAUGUAGUUUUAUAGAGAGUGUUUGAUGUAGUUUUGCUUCAUUGAUUCAUGAAAACAUAGAUGAUUUGGGAUCAAAGAUUCUAUUUUGUUUGAUGCUAAUUAAAGAUAGCUUUCAUUUGUUUGGUUUAUUUCUGAAUUAGUUUAAUUUUGAUUAUUUUAACGUUUUGGCACGUUGAUUUGUUAUGGAUUAUGUAGCUGACUUAAUAUUGUUAGGAUUAAGGUUUUGCAUUAUAGUUGUUGCCUGGUUGCAUCUAGAAUCUAGAUGGAAAAAGGGUAAUUUCGUAUUUUGCAUUUUCUACUUUUAUGUUCUUGUUUGUUGAUUUCCCUCUUUUUCCUCUGUAGUUUGUGGAGGUGGAGCACAUUUCUAAGGAAAAUAAUAGGUCGUAUCAAUGCAUGAGUCUGAGAAUGUUGAGGGUUUAUGCUUUAAGUUUUAGUGAAUUGCACUUCAGUGACAAAUAAUUGAAGCACAAUGGCAUAGGGGUAAGAAGAGUAAUUUUGCUGAAGUUAUGUUUUUAAGUAUAUAUUGAUAAAUCAAUAUGCCCAUCAAAGUUUUUGGUAAAACCUAUAAUUUGGAAAAAUCAUUAUCUUUCAGUAGUCAAAGGAAGAUAAAAUGAGAGAUUGAGGUGAAAAGGGUUGCGAAAGCUUGGAUAGGUACUUGUUAUGAUUCAGAAGGCACGAGGAAAUAUAUGUUCAGCAACUGAAGAUAUAGUUCAAUAAGAAAGUACGGAAACUAAAUGGAGCACAUACUGUUAGGAUUAAGCAAUAACAGCAUUUUGUCACUUGCUUUUCAAUAAAACUUAUCAUCUAUUUUCUUGAGGUUUCUAGAUAUGUAACUAGAUAGGGUGGACUAUGAUGUGAGCAAUGGAUGGCAUUUUAAAUCUAUGUUAUGCUGGCUCGGAUAGAUUUGUUCAUAAUAGAUUACUCCUAAUAAAUGUUUGUCAUUACUAAGAAAGUAAAAGCUUGGGAAAGAUCCACUAAGCUACACGGAGAAGAUGUUUUCUCUUAUCGAGAAAGUAAAAGUUUGAGCAUAACCAAUAAAUUUUGUGGGUAGUUUGUUGAUUUCGAUCAUAGAAUGUCUUUCUAAUGAAAACUUCUUUGUUUAAGCUAUUGGAGUUGAACAGUUUUUUUAGAAAUUCCAGAGUCUUGUGUACGAAUUGAAAACAAGGAUUUGAUGAUAUUUUUUUCUGACAGAUUAUAGAUUUUUUCCCUUCAAUCCACAAAAUGUCGAGGGUUUAAGGUUUACUAUUCUUAAUUCGACGAGCAUCUGUCAUCUCCGUGUAUUUCUGUAAGCUCCAUUUUUUAAUUCUACUUUCAUUUUAUGAUUAUACAAAUAUUACAUAUAUGGUAAUAGAAUCAAAAUAUUUUGAGAUCAGCCAAAUUUCAUUUGCAAUAGGAAGCAUAUCAGUGUUAGUUAGAAUUACAGCUUUGCUUGACCUUUUAUGUAAUUCAUAACCAUUUAAAAAAACUGUGAGAUAAAGAAUUACAUUUAAAUUAUUUUAUGUUCUGCAUCUACAAUCAAGAUUUUUCUUUGAAAACACCUCCAAGCAUUUGAAAUUGUUCGUUCUAGCUUUGAUUUUGAUUUUGAUGCAUAUAUUUGUAGUUUUUUCCCGUAUCUUUCUAACCUUUUUAUAAUUUAUUCAACUUCAAGAUACUCGAUUUGUACCGAUCAUAAGCUCUAUUCUCAUAGUCAAGUUCUGCAGGUAGGCAUUUAUCCUAAAAUGUAGAUGUGCUUUAGUAGCUGAUUUUUUUAAUUUGUUUUUUGGUCGAAAGUUUAGGCUAAAUACCUUCAUUGCUGUUGUUUUAUAUAUUUUCAUGGAUCCGGAGGAUCUUGGUAGUUGGAGAAUAUUUUUUCGGAAUUCAGGCUUUGACAUAUUUGUCAUAAUUAACAAGGCCGUUAUGGUGGCUGCCAAAGAUUACCCUUCACAUUUGAAACUACGAAGAGAUCAAAUCAUAUGUAAUCUUUAUCAAUUGUGCUUCCCUUUCAACCCGAGGUCUCUAUGCCCAUGAAAGACGCCAACUUUUCUCAAAAAAAUACAGUUGUAAAAUGCACACAUUUUCGAAAUUAUUGCGAGGGUCAUGACGACUAUAAAAAGAGAGUAGAUCAUGUAGAUGAUAACCUGUUUUUAGUACAAGAUAAUUGCUUCACCAUUGAACGCAAUGGUGAAAAGAAAAUAGCUGAACCUACCAAUGAAGUUAAGGGAAGCAACACACAAAUGGCGACAGAUGGUCAAGAGGAUAGAAACUCAAGAGUAAAGAGUCACAAACAGCUUUUUCAGCUGAUGGAAGAGACAUUGAUCGGUAAGGCAGUUAAUGCUCUUCGAAAACAUGGCUUGAAGGAGAUUCGUAAGGUUUCCCGUUCACUAGUUCGUGGCUGGAAAACAAAAGUAGACGAGCUUCUGCAAGCUGAAGCAACAGUUAAAGAAGUUCAUAGAUCUGCGGUAGUUCGACCUCCUAAACCAUUCAAUGAAAGGGGUGCUGUUGCUCCUUCUGUCUCCGAACUGUUAAAGAUAUUCGAGGGAGUAAAUGAAGAAGAAUUUUUCAGCAUUUUGCCACCGGAGAAUAUAAACGGUAAAUUUACCUUUGCGGACAAGCUAGAUUUUGACGAGGAAGAUGAACAUUUAGUCCAUAAAAGUUCCGCAAGGAAUGGCAUGGCCGAAAGAGUAAGGGAGGAAGAGCUUCUGAUAAAGCGAAACCCCUUGCACUUGCAAGGAACUUCUAGCUUUGAAGAAAACAGAUUACCUCAAACCGACAAAAACAAGCUCGAAAGAGUUGACAAAAUGAAUAGCGUGAAGAAUAAAGAGUUGCAAUGAAGUUAGGCAAUCACUUUCGUUUUCUAAGAACACCAAAAAGAGAUCGAUACAGGAAAAGGAAGGUUGAAACUAAUGCCUCUGAAAAUGCAUUCAAAAUCCGCAGAGUCCCUAAACUUCCACAUGCGCAAAAUGUUUGAAAGUCGAAAGAGCCUACCCACGAACAAGGAAGAUGUAGAAAGGAGGUCAUUAAACAGCGUGUUGCUUCACGUUCACAACUAAAACGUCAAGAAUCAUUUGAGCAUCGAAUGGUGAAUUCUAAUCCGAAGGAUAAAGUGGAAGUAUCUCGAAGAAUAGGACGACGAAGGAAAUAGGUUAAGUGAGUUUUAAUUUUAAGAUCUUACCUGAAAAAAGUGGUACUUAUUCUAACUUAUCCAAUUCUAAUUCUCUAUAUUUCUCUACAAAUUGCAAGGGAAAUUUAAGUCAAUUUUUAACUUUUGACUUUUUAUUCAGUGGUUUCAGAUUUGAUUAAUUAGUUUUGACUUUCUAAUCUAAAGUCAAUCCUAGUGUUAGUAGUGUACAAGUCAUGAUUGCUCCAUUGAUGGAUCAAAUUGGUCAACUCUAUCAGCAGUCAGAAUCCCUAACUCUAAUUAAAUUCUUUAAUUAUUAAUUCUCACUCCCUCUGGCCUAUGUUUUUUAUAAUUUGUCUCAAUUGCUCAAAAACAUCCACUAACUUCACUUGAUUUUCUCAUUUUUCAGAUUUUUAAAAAAUAAUAUACUUUGUAUUAAGUAUAAGUUUAUAAUG